AUGAAAUCAUGUGCUCUGGUAUUUCCUGAUGCAAAGAAACUACUCUAUAGAUGGCACAUAUAUAGGAGUGUUUUGGCGAACUGCAAAAGAUUAUUUCAAGACAAGGAAUCAUGGGAUGCAUUCUAUUCCUCAUGGAAUAUGUUGGUGGAGUCUGAAAAUGAGAUUGCCUACGUGUACAAUUUGGCGCACCUAGAGGUAAUCCUACAAAACUAUGCAUUUGUGGUUAAUUACAUUAAAGAUGUAUGGUUGACACCAUAUAAGGAGAUGUUUGUCUCUGCUUUGACAAAUACGUAUUUGCAUUUCGGGAACUUGACCACUAAUAGGGUCGAGAGUCAGCAUUCAAAGUUAAAGAAAUACCUGGGAUCAUCACAAUCAGACGUUAAGUCCAUAGUAUCUUGCAUUCAUCAGCUUGUCCAAGCUCAGGCCACAUCAAUCAAGGCUAGUUUGGAGAAAAGUAGACAUCUCGUCGAACAUCGGUUCAACACAGAUCAGUUCAGAGAAUUACGUGGUUUUGUUUCGAUUGAUGCGUUGAAUCUUAUUUUCAACGAAUCUGAGCAAUCUAAAGUUGUCAGAGAAGAUUCGUACGCCUGUGGAUGUAAACUUCGUACAAUCUACGGACUACCGUGUGCACACGAGCUUUCAAUAUAUGUAAAUGAUAGUCAACCUAUACCACUUGCUUCAAUCGAUGCAUUCUGGAAGAAACUUGACCUAUCGCCAUGUGUUUCUCUUAGAGAUGAUGACAUCGAUUGUACUGUUGAGCUACAAAUGUUUGCAGAACACUUUAAGCGUCACUCACAACCAAGAAAGUUCAGUCUACUACGGAAGAUCAGGGAGAUAAUUAAACCCUCAACUACUAUCGUACAAGAUCCAAUUGUUUUGAAAAGUACACGUGGACGUCCCUCUUCGAAGAAAAAAGCAGAAUUACAUACUCAUUGUAAUCCUAUCACACCCGACUCCGUAGAACACGAUUUUCUUCAAUCAUACCAACAAAGUAGACACAGUAUUUCAAUGGGACGUCAAUCCUCGAAGAAAAAGGCAGGUAAAGUAACUCAUACAGAACCAGGGAGACACAGUUGCUCGUCCCUCUACGGUACUCCACCACUCCCUACACAAAGGAGUUCUAGAUCAAGUAAUGUUAUGCAUGAACAUAUUUAUGUUCGUCAGUUUCCCCCAAUAUUACAUCCUUACAUUGGGUCUGUACAAGAUGUAAUACCUGAUGGAAAUUGCGGCUUUUGGGCAAUAGCUGUUUGUCUUGGUUUUGGCGAACAUGCAUGGGAUACUGUCCGUCGUGACUUGAUAGGUGAGUUGAGCGCAUUCUGGCAUGAAUAUGUUGCAAUGUUUGGUAGUGAAGAGCAUCCAUUGGGUGUUCACAACUCACUGAAUUUCUUUGAACUAGAUAGAGCAGCACCAGUUUAG